AUGGAAGUCGAGGAGAUCCUCAAUAGGUUCAACACCCUAAACCAGAAAAAAUCAAAACUAGACGAUUCAAUUUCAGAUAAGUGUUACCCAGGAGCUAAAAUAGGAUGCUGUACAUACCCUAUAGAACUUAUGCAGGGAUAUGUGGAGCUCAACGAAGCUAUUUUGGGAAACGACGUGCCAGGAUCGGAUGUCGACGGUUCUGAUUCAAAAUCGGAGCACAAACUAAAGGUAUUGUCAGACGAGAGAGUAAUGUACUUGUGCGAAAAUGUAGUUUAUGUAAUUUCAUACUAUUUGGUGGAAACAGGACAAACAGACUCACUUUUCGGCUUCCUGGUCAGGAACGAGGAUUUUUUCUCAAUUUUACCUCAAGCAAAGACAGCAAAGAUGAUUCGGUCGAUAUUGGAGCGGUUGUCUCAGGAAGUUAAGGACUUGAACGUACUGUACAAAAUCUUUUCAAUUUACCGAUCAUGGUGUGACUCCAAGAAGAGGAAAUUCCUGGGACUUCGUUUGGAGCUAAAGCUGGUUGUGAUACUUAUAUUGAUGAGAAGAUUUACAGACGCAUCUAAAAGGUUAAAUGCACUUCAAAAUGAGGUUAGAAUUCUUGACGACAAGUCGCUACUUCUGGACAUUUACCUGGUCCAGUCGAAGUUCUUCCUACUUUUGCGUAAUUUUACGAAAAUGAAGGUGUUCGUGAGUAACGCGAAGAAUACGUCCACUAAUAUUAAUACACCAGUGUACGUUACUGCAGAAAUUGAUCUGCUCACAGGGAUUUUGUAUCUCUGUGAGAAGGACUACAAAACAGCAUACUCGUACUUGUUCGAAAGCUUUGAAGGCUUUCACAUGUCACUAUGUAAUGCAUACAGUUACCUGUACCCGAAUUUAAACCGAGUCAAAAGAAAGAAUCUAGAUUUGACCAUGUUAACUGAGGGAAAAAAGGCCCAGUUUAAGACAGAUGAUCUAAGUUUAAACAGCGACAAGGAUAGAUUUAGCUGCCAUCCAACAACUUCGGACAUUUCCCCAGUCUUCUUCACAUUUUACAACUUGUACGACUACCACAGAGCCUCAGAUAAGUUUGACCCUAACCAGAAGCUUGAUCCUGUUGGCUCAUUUUACCUUAAGUUUUACUCAAUGCUGCCAGUACCAACCACUGACGACCUCGAGGUCGAUGAGAUUAACGAUUACUUGGCUGAGCCUCAGCAACACAAUUUGGACAUUGAUACCUUAGUGAGGGCCGACGAAAGGAAAUUAGUCCAGGCGCUAAAGUACCUGAUGUUGGCUGCCGUCCUGAGUGACCAGGGAACUGAUCUUAACACCCUUCUAAGCGCCAAAAACAAACUUAAGUACGUGAAUCACCUGGAGAUUGUAAUGAUCACCAAAAUCGGAAAGUGCUAUAAGGAAAGCUCCCUCGUGCAGUUUGAACAGCUACUGAUAGAGUAUAAAGAAGUUAUAUCGAUGGACCCGGUUCUUCACCACGAAGUUGAGAGUCUGUAUGAAUCUCUAUUGGAGCGUAACAUUUUGAGAAUACUAAAGCCAUAUAGCGUAGUUCAAUGUGAAUUUAUAGCCCAGAAACUCCAAUUAACACCUGAGAAGGUCGAGAAAAAGCUGGCCGAAAUGAUACUCGACAAGAGACUAAAUGGCACCAUAGAUCAAGGAACAAGAACGCUCGAAAUCUACGACGAUGUCGUUAUCCAUCCGAUCUACGAAGAUGUUUCCAAAUCUAUCUCUCACAUGACCGAAGUCAUCGAAACAUUGUACGAAAAAGCACAACUUGCAAUUUGA